UAAAAUCCCUAAAAACUCAAGCCCUGAAUUCCGUCUUCCCUUCCUCUCGAACAUCCUCCCUCAUCCCCUUUUCUGAAAUCAGUAAGAUGUCGUCAUCCGCGGUUGAGAACGGUGGAAAGAAGAUUAUCCUCCGCAGCUCCGAUGGCGAGGUCUUCGAGGUGGACGAGUCGGUCGCCAUCGAGUCCCAGACCAUCAAGCACAUGAUCGAAGACGAGUGCGCCGACAACGUCAUCCCCCUCCCCAAUGUCACCGGCAAGAUCCUCUCCAAGGUCAUCGAGUACUGCAAGCGCCACGUGGACGCCGCCGCCGCCGCGAACGCCACCAGGGCCGAGGACAAGCUCGCCUCUACUGCCAACACCGAGGACGAUCUGAAGGCAUUUGAUGCUGAUUUCGUCAAAGUUGAUCAGGCCAUGCUGUUUGACCUUAUUUUGGCUGCAAACUUCCUGAAUAUCAAAUCCCUUCUGGAUCUGACCUGCCAGACUGUUGCUGAUAUGAUUAAGGGAAAAACUCCGGAGGAAAUUCGUAAGACAUUCAACAUCAAGAACGACUUUACUCCUGAGGAAGAAGAAGAAGUCCGCAGGGAGAAUCAGUGGGCUUUCGAGUGAACAGUCAUGAAAAUGCAUCUAUAAAAACUUGCUGGUUGCCUCAGCUUUUGCUGUUUUCAGAUUAUGUAAUAUGUCUAGGAGAGACUCUCUACCCUAUUAUGUGUUAUGGUGUUUUGUUUCUAUCGCACUUAAUUAUUAGCAUGUGGUUCAUGUUUGUGGAUCGCCUGUGUUAAUAUUGGAACGUUGCGUGAUUAGCAUAUUGCGCAAAUGCAAGUAUUUAGUUGAACUGUCCUUUGGAUCAAUUGGAUGAAAAAAAUUCUUUUUGAUACCCAAUUUUUACAUGUUUUUG